AUGGCAGUCCGCAUCACAGCUCGCCCAAGCUGGAGAACGAAUGAAACAACGGACGAACUCGAUUCUGGAGCUGCUGUCGGACUAGAAGACGAACAAACCUACCACGUGGACACUGAAUGCCCUCAUCACUGCAAAGAGAAGAUCUACAUCACCGUCACACUGCCUGCCAGCACUGUCACUCUGCCUGCCAGCACUGUCACUCUGCCUGCUACCACUGUGACUGAGAAGACGACGCAGACAGAGACGGUGUAUACAACUCAAACCAACGAAGUCAGCGUUUCUGUGCCGGUCAGUGUUACUGUUAUCAAGGGGACAACUGAGUACAUCACGACCACACAGUUGUCAACUGUUACAACUCUCGUGCCUGUGCCCACUACAAUCAAGGUCUGCAACACCAAGUCGCCAUAUUUGUGCUCCACCAAGACCACAACUGAGUUGGUGCCCACAACAACCACCCGAACCAUCAAGAAAACAGUUCCCACAACAGUCACCAAAGUCAAGGUGAUCACUAAGUGGAAAGAAGUUACUACCACUAAAACCAAGACUUCAACAUACACUACCAAGAAAACGAUCCCCAUCACUGUCAUUGAUAGUACGACGCUGUACUCAACCAAGACCGAGACCUUGAAAACAACUCUUACCACGGUAGAGACAACAAGCGUUCCAACCACCUUGACGCAGAAGGAGACACAAACCCAGACCCAAACAGUGAAAACAACUGAAACGGUCCCAACAACCAUCCUUCAGACGAGCACAGUCGUAUCUCUAGUGACGUUGACAACCUCGUUCCCGGUCACAGUAACUGACAGUACAACUCUCUGGUCCACACAAACCACCGUCUUCACCACUACCAGCCUCAGCACUUUCACCACGGUCAGCACCAUGACAACAGUCCAUGCAGUCACAGCGACUGUCACGCAGUUGACAACCACAACUGUGUCGGUAUGUGCUGCUCCGACAAACGCUGGUAUCUACAAGCGCUCCGCGCUCGACGUGAGGUCGAAGAAGCACCCCAGGGCUCUCCGGACAUGGGGCUGUGAGCCCGGAUUCGUCUGCAAUCAGCCUAAGCCUGGCGGCUGCAAUCUUUGGGCUGAAGCGCCCGGUUUGGACUUUGAGUGUCACCCUGACUGGUGUGUCCCUGCUCCAUACAUCCCUCGCGUCGUCUGGAAGAAGAACGAAACUGGCUACUUCCCGCCUGUUGAGGGAUACUUCAACCUCAACCCCGAGGAUUUUGGCUUGAGCUAUGGCGUCUUCGAACUUCAGCCUGUCGUUGUUUUGAAGGCAGAUGGCAGAUUAGCAACCAGCUAUACUGGUGACUGGGCUUCUCAAGCUACUAUCACUGAACGCACAAGAUCAACAGAUGUGCCAAACUCGGGGGCACGCUUUGUCAAAAGGCAACGGCCGGGCUCAGAUGUGGUUCCAGCCACCUGCUUCAACCUUUGUGAUAGUGCUUAUCUGGAAGCUCAACGUGUCGGUAGGGAUCCAGACCUUUGCGCACCGGGUUCGGUUUUCUUGGAUAUUUUGGACGAGUGCAAGGUGUGCAUUGCAGAAAACACCGAUGACACCAAGUAUGAAGAGAUAGAGAGGGUCUAUCUCGAGCCAAACUUCCGACCAUGGCUCGACUACUGCGACACUUUGCCUGGAGUGCCCAUCACCACCACCACAAGCGGUGAGCCACAGGUGACCGACACAGCGUCUGUCUCAACAGACACUGGCCUGCCACCCAACACCAGCACUGGUUUUGAUGAUUUCACCACUUCUACUACCACGACGUCAAGUGAGGAAACCUCAACACCCACUUCUACUCCGACGUCCACCGAUGAGACGACGUCGACCACAACCGACAGCAGCACAGAAACCACACUCACCGAGACAACAUCCACAACUUCCGAGUCCACCAGCUCCACCGAAACUCUCAGCUCCGAGACCACCAGCUCCGAGACCACCAGCUCCGAGACCACCAGCUCUCCCGGUACCACCGAGACCACCAACUCUCCCAGUACCGAGACGACGACAGAGUCUCCCACCACGGAGACCACCGAAGUCCCCACGUCGGGUGGCUCAGAGAGUACACUCCCCGGCGAGACCAGCGGUGGCGGCGAUGACGGUGGUGUCGUACCCACAGACACCCCCACCACCAUCGCCGGCACCGGCGGUCUAACGCCCACACUACCCACCGGCCCGGUCGUCACCGCGGCUGCGGGCAGGAUGGCCAACGUCCCCUCCCUGGGAGGACUUGGUAACAUCCUAGCCGGGAUUUUGUUUGCUGCCAUGUUGCUCUGA